AGGUGUCCAUUCGUUUCACGAAACAAACUUCUUUUCCGCUUUUCUCUCCAUCGUCAUUUCUCUACUCGGUAGGCAGCCCAGAGCAAACGAACUACCGAGCAGCACAGAGGCGAAAAAAAAGGAAAAGUAUUCUCGUUUCCCUUUUCCACUGCGCUACCCCUUUUCUGAUUUUAUUCCUUUGACAAACAACACUCACUCGUAGAACCCCCCACCACACACACACACACACGCACAUAUAUUUAUAUAGCAAGGAAAAGAAAUCUCUUGACUUUCAUCAUGUCGGAAGGACAGACGACUCCCCGCGGUGGGUGGAUUUGCGCGCGCUGCGGGGUUGAGCAGAGCGCGGAUGCCACUUUCUGCCAGAUGUGCAAGUUCGCCCACCCCCUCGAGCGCCGCGGUGUGCCGCAGAUUUUUAACGGCUACGUCGUGCACUUCAACGGCAUCAUCCCCCGCACCAUCACGCACCCGAGUCACUCUGUCGAGUGGCGCAUGGCGGAGCGGCACGGGGCGACCUGCACUACCACCUUCGACCCGAACGUCGUGAACAUCCUCAUCUACCGUCCGGGCUACGAGCGCAGUGAGAAGUGCCGUGCCUGCAUCGAGAAGUACACGAGCAUCCCAUGCGUGCCCAUCGCGUGGAUGCUGGACUCUCUCCUGCAGUCCCGCCAGAUUCACCCAUCCCUCUACCGACUCACGGCGGUGCCGCCGGUGGCGAACCCGACAGUGCGUGGCACGAACCUGCCCCACCAUCAGCACCCCUUCUACCAGAUCAACAAGACGGAGUACGCCAUCCCCACCUCCUUCCCGCCCUCGAAGAACAGCGGGGUGAAGAUUAAGGUGGCCUCAGGGGAGGGCGUGUCGUACAAGGACAUGGACGUGCCGGCGGACAUGGAGGGCGCCAUCCCGCCCUUCUUCGACAUCGAGCCCUUCAAGUACACCACGGUGAAUGUCUAUGACGCGGCGGUGGCCUGCGCGGCCGGCACCCACGCCGAGGCGGUCGAUGAGGAGAACGACGAAAUCGAAGCGCGGAAGGAGCGGGCGGGGAUCGAGCUGCUGUCGUCGCAGCAGUCGUACAACAAGGUGGACCGCAUCCUCUUCAGUGGGGUGAAGGUGCUGCUCUCGCCGGAGCUGCAGCGACAGGCCAGCCUUGUGCUCGCCAUUGAGCGGUGCGGCGGCAAGGUGGCGGAGGUGACGGGCUCCAUCGAAGACACGAUUCGCAACGAGGUGACGCACAUCGUCUACGCGCACGAGGACAAGAAGUCGGAUAUGAUGAUCGUCGCAGCCCAUAUGAUCAACACCGAGCUUCCCGGUCUUCGGCUGACGCAGUCGAAUUGGGUGGAGGACUGCCUCAUCCUGGGCGAGCUGCUGCCUAUCAAGGGCAUGUACGUGCCAACGCCAAAAUUGUUAGAGACGCUCAACAAAAAGUACUCCAGGGCCCGCAGCUGA